ACGGUGUUGAGUUGAGGGCACACGUCUGCUGUUGAUAUCGUCGCGAGAGCAAACGGCGGACUGCAACUCACGUGCCAAGAUCCGCCGUCACUUCGACUUUUGAUUCACAUUACGGUCACGAUGACGAGCGUAUUGUCAUGGGCAGAAUCACUUUCACUGUUGUCCCUGUCAGUCGCAUGCGCGGGUGUGCUGGCAAACACGCUUCACGGUGACGGUGAGCCGCUUGUAGCGUCGAUAGCAUUCAGCGGAUUGGCGUUCGUAUCCUGCUAUGCAUUAAUACGAUGGCUCGGAGAUGCCUUCAUGAAGCGUGGCUUCAAAGGAAAGGAUCUCUGUAAGCUGAAGCAGACUGAGAUACCGGAGAUGAUGGGAGCAGUGUGUGCAAUGGUGUAUCUCUUCAUUAUUAUUUUUUUCAUCCCAUGGCCGUUCUACAAGGACAUUGUGGUCGCAACCUCAGGGGGCGGCAACAGAGAUAUCAUCAAAGAACUGGAAUUAAUCGAGACGGGCAGGCUUCUGCACAGAUUUCCUCACAACAAGCUUGCAUCGUAUCUAUCGGCCAUUCUGUCACUUCAGACUAUUGUGCUGCUCGGUGUUGGCGAUGACUUGUUCGACAUAAGAUGGCGCCACAAGGUGCUCAUCCCAGCUUUUGCAGUCAUCCCCAUGCUUGUUGUAUACUUUGUCGACUUUGGCGUCACGCAAAUGGUUGUCCCUGUUCCGCUCAGGCCUUAUCUGGGCGAGUUGUUCGAUCUCGGAUGGUUGUACUAUGUCUACAUGGCACUCAUGUCCAUCUUCUCUUCCAACAGCAUCAACAUUUUGGCAGGCAUCAACGGCAUUGAAGUGGCUCAGUCGGUGGUCAUUGCAGUUCUGAUUGUUAUCAACGACAUGCUGUAUCUUUCGCCCUUUACGCCCUACCCUCACCCGGCGACAGACUCUCAUCUUUUCUCGCUGUACCUACUGCUUCCCUUUAUUGGAGUCUCUGUUGCGCUGUUGAUGCAUAACUGGUAUCCGGCAAAAGUGUUUGUGGGCGACACGUACUGCUACUUUGCAGGCAUGGUGUUUGCUGUUGUUGCGAUUCUCGGGCACUUCAGCAAGACGCUGAUAUUGCUCCUUGUACCACAAGCAUUCAACUUUGUCUACUCAGCACCCCAAAUCUUCCAUGUCAUUCCGUGCCCCCGACAUCGGCUUCCCCGUUUCAAUGCACGGACUGGACUGCUAGAGCCCUCGCGCGUUGAAUUCACCAAACCGCUGCGAAAACCGAUAGCGGAGAGUCUCAAGGUGCUACACCGGCUUCGGAUGUUGGAUGUUGAAGUCAAUGCCGAAGGGCAGGUGGUUUCGUCGAGUAACUGGACGCUAAUCAAUUUGUGGCUGGUGUGGUUUGGGCCGAUGCGGGAGGAUCGGCUGGCCAUGGGUCUGCUGGUAUUCCAGUUCGCCAUUGGCAUCUUGGGCCUGUUUGUUCGGCAUCGGAUGGCAUUGCUUAUCUUCACCGCUGAUAACUUGUAGACGGUUUGGGAUGGCGGAUUUUGUUAAGUUUGGCUUGCGUGGCAUAACGGCGUCCAUUGGUGUUGAUAUUUAGACUUUGAUGUAUAAUACCGAGCAUCAGCGUAUGCUGUGACAGCAAUCGAGAGCGUAGCACUCGGCUACUUCAUGUCGCCCCGGAACAUGGCGGGAGCACGAUCUUACAAUGAUCCAUGCUGUACGCGGUCGAGUAUCCGUGGCUCUUGCAUGUUGA